CGGAGCCGAGACCGUGUAGCCAUCGCGGCGGACCGAACCCCGGGCAGGAACCAUCAUGGCACCUCAGCCGCGGAUGCAAAUCCCCGGGUAUUACUAUGAUGAGGAAAAGGGCAAAUAUUUCAAAAUCGAAAAAGGCGGCUCAGCACCACAGACCGCCGCCUGGUCCGCCGACAAUGUCAAGCGCCGGAAGCUCCAGCACCGCGAGGCCGAGGCCGUCGCCGCCCGCCGGGAGCGGCUGAAGCGACAUAUUAUCCGCUCCGCCGCGCUGCGGGCCCCGCUCAUCGGCGGUAUCUUGGACGUCGAGCUCGGCGUGCGUCGUGAGGAGAGGGCGAGGCUGCGUGUCGACGGCGCGUUUGGCGUCGAGGACGUCCCUACUGCGGCGUGGGCCCGGGGGCUGGUCGAUAAGGGCGAGGUGCCAUUCGUGCCUAGCUUUGCGAGGCAGAGUUUUCCGAAUAUCCCGUGUUUCUACGUUGGCGGCGAUGAUGAGAAGACGGGGCUCGGGGUUGCAUAUGCGACCUUGGACGAAGAGACUUUGAUAGGGUCGUAUAUCCCCACGGACGAAAAUGACAGGAUAUCCUUCAGCACUGAUGCCUCGAGCCGUCCUGAACGCCGCCUGUCACACCGUCACGAGAUGAUAGGCUGUCCCCAGAUCUCAUCGAUCAACUAUCACCCACACUCGCAUCGCAUAAUUGUCACAUCCCGCGAGCCAAGUAACACAUGCGACAUCUACCUCUUUUCCCCUCCCAAAUCCGCUCCCAACGAUGACCGACCUCUGUGGUUACUUGACAGAGCAAACAACCUCCGCCACAUCUCCUUCAACACAGGCCGCCGCGAAGGCGUCGUAAACCAAACAACACCCGCGCCGCCCUCCUCCUCCUCCCUAACCUGCAUCAUCGGCACCUCCUACGGCCUCUUAAAACUCACCUCGGACGAACGCAUCCACUGGCUCGGCCCGCCGCGCCCCCGACCCGGCCCGGCAGAGGGCGACUUCUUCGACCAGACGUUCCUCCCCUCCAACCCAAACGUCCUCCUCGCCGGCGGCCGCAACCGCGACGUCAGGCUGAUUGACAUGCGCGUAAAGUGGUCCGAGUGGGAUAACAUCCCCGUCGGGCCCUCGGCGCACCUGCGGGCCGUGAACCCGCACCAGUUCCUCGCCGCGGGGCCGAGAUCCAAGAUGGCGCUGUUUGACCUUCGGUACCGCAAAAGAGCCCCCAAUGGGACGAAGCCGGUUGUGGAGUUUCCCGGGUUCCGGAACGAGGCGCAUAUGCAUUUCGGGUGGGACGUUGAUGUCGACUCGGGUGUCGUUGCCGCGGCGCAUGAUGAUGGGCGGUUGGGGCUGUAUUCGAUGCUGUCUGGGCGGAGGUUGCGGUGUCCUGCUAUGGAUGCCGUCAAGGCGAGGACGCCUGUCAAGAGUUGCCAGUUUCAGAGGAUGCCUGGGCGAAGGCACGCGAGUUUAUUUGCGGGCGUGGGGCCGAAUUUGAAGAUGUUUUCGGUUGGGGCUUUGGGGGUUGAUGAUGAGUGUUGAGACGAAUGGGGGCAGAGUUGG